AUGGUAUCAGAUAAGACAAAUACAAGUAGCUCAUCACUUGUGGAUACCCCACCUAAUGAACCAGAAGUCCAUCCUCCCAUUAAUAGAAGACCUACAUUUCUCGAUAGGAUUAUGAGAAGACAGACAUCACCAGCAUCUAUUGAGUAUUCUGAAUCAAAUAAGAAAAAGAACGCUAUUGAUGAGAAUACCAAAAGCAAGGAAGGAAGGGAGAGCUCAUUACCACCAUUAUCACAAUUGAGCUUAAAAGGAUAUAAGGCGUCUACAAAACGCAGAUUAUUGGAUGAUGAAUUAGCCAACAACAUCAGAAAUUUACUUCCAGGAAGGCUACAGCUAUUUGAUGAGUGGGAUUUGGUGUAUUCUCUAGAACAACACGGGGUAUCACUCAAUACACUUUAUCAGAAAAGUAACCCUGAUUACCAGUUGCUGCAGCUUCGCAAGAAUAAACCUGAAGUUGGAUAUGGUGAUUCCAUUAUCAGCUCAAUGAUGUCAGGUAGUGUCAAUUCAAUGCGUGAAAGGAGAAGACCCCAAGGUUAUGUUUUAAUAAUAAAGGACGAGAACAAUUCGAAAUUCGGGUGUUUUGUGAAUGAGCACUUAAGGCCAAUGGAUCAAAAGCGAUAUUAUGGUAAUGGAGAAUGUUUUUUGUGGAAGUCUGAACUUUUCACUCCUUCGCCUUCCAAUUCGAAUAGCGAAGAAGACAUAUCACACCAUUCACCUACUCCACAGAUAAGGUUCAAGGCAUUCAUGUAUACUGGUAUCAAUGACAAUAUAAUAUACUCAAAUCAUGACUUCAUAGCCAUAGGAUCUUCUAAGGGUCAAAAUGGUUUAUGGAUAGAUAAGUCGCUAUAUAACGGGGUCAGCUAUUCAUGUGAUACUUUUGGGAAUGAAAUAUUAAAUAGCACUAAUGCUGAUACAAAAAUAGGAAAAUUCAAAAUAAUGGGUCUAGAGUUAUGGAGGGUAGGUACUCUUGAAUGA